UCUCGGACUUGCCGCAUGACGAGAUGUGAAGGAAACCAUUAGUAGCAACAUUGUGAUUAUCUGUUUGCGAGUUUGUAUGCCCUCAAAACAACACUUUAAGUGAGAUCACUUCAUUGGAUACAUAUAUUGGGUCAAUCUUAUGACAUCUGUCUGUUACAUGGAGUAGUCAGCGGAGCAUAAAUUACCAUUUGGAGAAGUGAAGUGCGCUGUCAAGUGUAUCCACGGAUUGUCAAUUUGCAAUGCAUCAGCAGAGGCCAUGUUCAAAACUUGGAGCGAAUCAGCGAUUAUGAAUUAGAAAGUCGGAUUCAUAUUCACUUACAGGAUCGCGGCGAUAUCGCCUGCGAUAGAAAAUACCAUCAUGUCUGCGAAGGUUGCCGAUAGAAUCGACCCUUUCACCAGUAAGGUGUCUAUCAAAUCUAAAAAACAGAAACGGUCUCAGGGUUCAUCGCAUUAUCGGACUAAAAAUGCCCCUGAGUUGCAGGCUUUACCUCAUCUUAAAGAUACUCCACCUGGGGAACAGCAGGAAUUGUUCAUCAAGAAGCUUCAGCAAUGUUGUGUUGUGUUUGACUUUAUGGACCCUGUGUCAGAUUUGAAGAGUAAGGAAAUUAAAAGGGCCUGUCUGAAUGAGUUAGUGGAUUACAUCACAGCUACACGCAAUGUUCUCACAGAGCCUACGUAUCCGGAGAUUGUUCGAAUGAUUGCAUGUAAUAUUUUUCGCACUCUUCCACCUAAUGACAAUCCUGACUUUGACCCGGAAGAAGACGACCCAACACUGGAGGCAUCAUGGCCUCAUUUACAGAUUGUUUAUGAAUUUUUUCUCCGCUUUCUUGAAUCUCCAGACUUCCAGCCAAGUUUGGCCAAGAAAUAUAUAGACCAAAAGUUUGUUCUUCAGUUAUUGGAACUCUUUGACAGUGAAGAUCCACGGGAACGAGACUUUUUGAAAACUGUCCUUCACCGGAUCUAUGGAAAGUUUCUUGGACUUAGAGCUUUCAUUAGGAAACAAAUAAAUAAUUUUUUCCUCAGGUUUAUUUAUGAAACAGAGCAGUUCAAUGGAGUUGGAGAACUAUUAGAGAUUUUAGGCAGCAUUAUCAAUGGUUUUGCUUUACCGCUGAAGGCAGAGCACAAGCAGUUCUUAAUCAAGGUUUUGAUCCCCCUACACAAAGCUCGCAGUCUAAGUCUCUACCAUGCACAGCUGGCCUACUGUGUCGUGCAGUUCUUGGAGAAGGAUGCUGCUCUCACUGAGGAUGUUAUCAAAGGUUUACUUAAGUUCUGGCCAAAGACCUGUAGUCAGAAGGAGGUGAUGUUCCUCGGGGAGAUCGAGGAGAUCCUAGACGUGAUAGAACCUGCUCAGUUCCAAAAGGUGAUGGAGGCCAUGUUCAGACAGAUAUCCAAGUGUGUGUCCAGCCCACACUUCCAGGUUGCAGAAAGAGCUUUAUACUACUGGAACAACGAGUACAUCAUGAGUCUGAUUGAGGAGAACUCAAAUGCGGUGUUGCCAAUCAUGUUCCCAGCUCUAUACAAGAUUUCUAAAGAGCACUGGAAUCAGACCAUUGUGGCUCUGGUCUACAACGUCCUGAAGACCUUCAUGGAGAUGAACAGCAAACUGUUCGAUGAGCUCACAGCUAAUUACAAAGCUGAAAGACAAAAGGAAAAGAAGAGAGAGAGAAGGAUCGUGAGGAACUGUGGCGUCGACUGGACAAGUUGGAGGUGAACAACCGUAACAAGAUGAUCAAGAACUCCUAACAUCCAUGCUGUGACCUCACAACUCGACUCCAAACCCUCAAUGCCCGCCUGUGCUCGCUUGCUUGAUUGCUCGCUCGCUCACUCGUCUGCUCCCUGCUACUGUGUCUGGCUUGAUGACAAUUGUUCAUCUAGUUAUCCUGUGUGCCAAAGCAAUGUGCUGGAGUUUUGGCAGAGAGUCAUCAACUCCUUCAGGAGCCAGUCUAGACUCAGUGUUAGGAUUGUUGCAUUAGGUGCUUGCACGCAAUCAGCAUUCUACAUUUCUUAAACCAAUACAUUAAUUUAUAGCUACAGCCUGCAAUAACCUUCAUUUAUGUUUCUAUCACACUUUCAGAAUCUUUCUUGUGGAGAUCUCAGAAUACCUCCUGUCAAAUUGCUAUUGAUACUUAAUUCACAAGCUAAGGGAAUUUACAGAUGGACUGUCCUAAGUUAAUUUUUGUUGUAAUUCCCAAUUCUCAGGUGAAGAUUGCAACAUUAAUAUUAUCCAAAGGACAUAAUCAGUUUAUUUUAAGGAAAGUGAAAUGUUUGAGAUGCCUGUCACAUACAUAUGGAUCUCUGAAGCCAACAUACUCUUCCUGAGUCUUCAUUUAAAUAAUCUUUGAUACCACAAACGACAGUUUUCUGCCACAAUGCACUGAUAGGAUGUCACUUUGCUAGACCGCCUACCAGUAACUAACAAUGAGCAUAGGUUAGCCAGUUGGUAUGCUAGGAAGUUAUACCAAAACUAUUUACCCCCAUGGGUUAUGCUGGCUAUUGAUUGGUUGGAAGUUGUCACCACAAGUUGAUGAGAAUAUCUAUGUAUAUGGUCACAGAAAUGUUGUUAAUGAGAUUCACAAGAAGAUUGUCUAUUUAUGUGUAUUGUAAACUACACUGAUCACUUACUAGAGAAGUCUGUGUGCCUCAGACUGUAAUGACCUGUAGUACUGAAGGAUCAAUUGUAAUGUCAUUAUUUAUUUCAAAUUUUUAGUCAAGUGUUUGUAGUGAGUGUGUCACUACAGUAGAUGGCUUACUUGCAUGUGGAACACAGUCAUCAGAAAGUCAUACAGUGUCAUAUGCAUUUUACUUUGUCAUCCUACAUAAGUGGUGCUGUUUAAGUCAACACUGUAUAUACUUAUAUAUACAAUAGCUGGAGCAUAAUAUAUGGCUUUGGAAAGGUUCAGGGAAAUAUUGUAUUGAAUUGGUUUUCUAUGUCAUAUGUCAAAGAUUGAGUAGACUCUUGUCUUGUCUGAAAGUUGAUUUAAAUUUCAAAAUUGUUUUCAUGCUUAUUUGAUUAAUGUAAGUAAGUUGCUUCAAGGAAAGGUUGAAUCAUAAGACAAUUACUUUGGUUUUCAUAUUAUUUUCUUAAUCAAUGGGAAGACAACUCAUCAAGGCUAUAUGUACAUUGGUAUUUGAAAGAAACACUUUUGUCAAUAUCAAACAGUUAUCUCAUGCUCCAUGGGUACGAUUUAGCAGUGUAUUAAGAAAAGAUUACUUCAGAUGCAGACUUGUGACCUCAGCAAUAGACAGUGCAGGUUCCAAUGGAGCAUAUGGCAGCUGAAUUCAGAUAUAUAUGUAUUAUUUUACUUCAUCUUUAAAUUUUAUUUGCAGUGAACAGAGUAUAACUGCUGUAGAGAUUUGUUAAGUAGUUAGGGAAAUAAUACCAAAUUCCUAUUUAACCUAUUGUAUUCUAGUACAAUGUACAAGAAAUGUUGUAUAAGUAAUUACACAAAACCUUUAAGAUAUAUUUUAUGGAGAAGUACACUAGUAAAUAUUCAGUGGCCAGUAAAAGAUUGAAGUAUAAUUUAUCGUUGAACUUUUGGAGAUUUGGCUUUGUUUGUUGGUUUAUUCAUUGUGAAAAGGAUAUAUUUGUUUGAUGGUUGACAGAUAAGGAUUUAUUUAUUGCAUAACAGGAAGCUAUGGAUAUAUUGGUUUGUUGACAAGGUUUCAGGUGACAGACUACUGCCACUGUAGGCUUGUAGAUGAGGAUAACAGAAGUCUCAUAUGCUAAAUAUUGUGGGCACUUUAUGUAACUGACAUCACAAGCAAACAAGUCACUAUGUCCGUCCGCAUCGUAGUUGUCCAUCUCAUUUCUUCUGUCAAGUGUUGUGUUUUGUGUUUGUUUGGUUUCAUCAAGCCAUUAUGACUGUUUGACCUACCAAGUCUUAUGUCUGAACCUAAUCUUGGACUGCUUCGUUUCUGCAUAUGUGACAGGAGUAUAUCGCUAAGAAUGUACAUCAAUUUGUUUACAGUACUAAGCGAAUAUGGUUUAGUAGAUUAAAAAAUUCAAAGUUGCCUGCCUAUUUUUAAUGUCGAAGUUGCUCUGUAAGCUAAGGAUUUGCUUUCAUUUGGAGUGUUUCUUUUGACAAUAGAAAAUUAUGAGCUAAAGUGCACGUGAAACAAUUGAAAUAUGAAAAUGUUUCUUUAUGUUAUCAUUUUGUUGUUAAGUUGCAAAUGUUUGCAUUCUCAUUGAUAUUGUGAUUUACAUAGCCCUUCAUCAUGGGUCAGACUUUUCAUGUGUUAGACAUGAUGAAUCUUUCAAUAUCUUCUGACAUGAGUCACGAGCUGUGAACAGUUGCAAGGAAGUCAGUAUGGGACUAAGGAAAAUUGCACUGAGAUUCACAGAAGUAUGUUGGACAAGGUAAUUAUGUUGUGGCCACUGCCUAGUGAGAACACUACCUGAGAGUGAGGGUGUUUGUUAUAGGGAUAGAACCUUACUCUAGUCACUAGCUUCACGUGAUUACAAGAGUCGGAGUGUCACAGAAGGACACUGAUCUUGGACGGAAUUGUGUUCUCCUGAGAUUUGUUCUUUAUCAUGACUUGUUAUGACUUGUGAUACUGUAGUAUAUUCAUUUGGUGUUCCUAUGCUUGUCUGUAUAUAAAUUUCUUCACCCACUCUUCAUGUAAUGUAUGACUUAAUAGUGUAUUUGUGUCACAAACCUACAGGAAUAUAGAUUCAAGUGACUCAGAUUCGUGCACAUGGAGAUAAUAUUUUGAUCUUUCAGAAUGUUUUCAUAGAAGUUGAACUCUUUCAGACAUUGUUAAUUUGAUUUUUAGCUAGGGUAUUUUUGUUAUGACAUCUGUAAGUAUCUGAACUGAUGAUAGUUACUUGAUAUGUGGACUAAACUCCAAUGUGAUCUGACAAAUUCAUUUCAAUGUUAACCGCAACUAUGCCAUUGUCAGUGUGUGAGUGGGGAAGAAGGGGAAGCUUAUACUUUGCCAGUCAGAUGACAUGUUCUGCAAUUGCAAUGUAACUUGAAACAUCUAACAAUCAAAGUAUUUUUGUGCCAUGAUAGCUGUUCAAGGAUGUUUGACUGCCCGUCAUCUCUAACAAUGAUUUCAAAUGGUCAGCUUUGAGUGUUGCAUUGCUGCAGUGAUUGGACCGGUCAGUGAGUCUGUAAUUCCCAUGUAUGCUUCCGACAUAGAUCUGUAGCAGUCUGUUGUGUGUUACGUGAUUAUUAUCCUCUGCUAGUGUGCUAAUGCCGAGCAUGUGCUUCAUAAGGCACACAUUUCUCAGGUGACAAAGGAAAAAUACUCUGGUUUUGUCACAAAGGGAGACCACUCUGGUUUCAUCACAAAGGGAGACCACUCUGGUUUCAUCUGCGAGAGAGCUCCUCAAGAAUGUAUACCUCAUUGAUCACAGUUCCGGACUACACUAACAGUGAGAAGUUUGUGUCGAGUGUUCUUCACAGGGUUGUGUGACCUGAUGUUGAGGCUCUGGCUGCCAUCUUCGUUGUGGCAGGCUGGAGUAAAUGGUCCUCAUCUUAUUAGCUAGACAACUGCAGAGGUAUACUAUUUAAGACUGAACAAAUUGCUGAUGAGAAUUAUGUGUGCAUUAAUUAUUUAUAGUGUUUAUGAAAUGUAAGAUUCAUUGGAAUACAGUGAAUCUGUGUAUAUCAGUUUGUAAAAUUUGUCAUUUUCCUGUUGUGUGUUAUAACAUAUCCAUAAUUGCCAACUACUGACGCUUGUUUCCAGUUUGUCUUGGAAAAAAUUCAUCAGUGAAUUUGGUGUAAUUAUUACUGAAGGUUACAUCCUUUUGAAUGCCGUGGCGCGAGAGUUGACUAAUUCCUCUUCCCAUUAACCACCACACUACCUGCUUGUCUACCAGUUACCAAUAGAGCCUGGCGUGUCACCCUGAACUGUUACGUUAACAGAUUCCUAUUUUAGCAGUUGGUAUUGCAACAAAUAAUUUGUGUACAUACAAGAUUAAACAUUGUGUGUUUGAUUUGUAGCCUAACGCAGCCAGAACUUUGAUUCAGUAGUGUCUGACUGCCCACAGCACAGUUUCGUAAUCAGCUCUAUGUUGUGUCCUCAAUUUUGCUUUUGUACAUAUGCUUACUUGAUUGUAUAUUAUGUUGCUAUAUUAACUAUACUUGGCUUGUAGGCAAUCUGUAGCCAAGUUUGUGCAUAGUUGUUACCCUCCAAUUUGUCUUUGUAAACUAUGUCUGAAAAUAUUUUGUAAAAUUAAAAUAUUCUCAUCAAAA